AAGAAAGAGAAAGGAGACGGCAGACUUAUCAUCUCUCCCUCCCGCUCUCUCUUUUUGCUCCCUACCAAUCUUUUAGUGCCUCCUCUCUACCCCUCCCUCUCUUAGUUUCUCCCUCCUUCCCUCUUCCGUCCUUCCUCCUCCCUUAUUCUGUCUUAAACCCACACCCUUGUGCAGACCUAGAUGUGCAGACACCCGAAGACACUCGCAGCCUUGUCUACCUCCAUCUCGUUCCAUCCCUGCCCCGGCGGAUUAGAGCACACUACUGUGUGUAACAAAGCAACAAUGUCUGACAAACCUGACCUGACAGAGAUCGCCUGUUUCGACAAGACCAAACUGAAGAAGACUGAGACGAAAGAGAAGAACCCCCUGCCAACCAAAGAGACCAUUGAACAGGAAAGGAAAGGGGAUGCCACGCCUUGAUGUGACUUGGUGAAGAAGAGGAGGAGAGGGAAACAGGAGAGGAGACAGAGAUGCCACCAACAAAAUCACUUUGUUUUGUCUGUCUGUCAGUAUUCUACUUUAAGUCACGUUGUGUUGUAUAACAGGGUGCUGUAGGGCCCCAGGAGAUGCAGUAGUGGAGGAGGGUACAUCGGAUGUAUUCCAAAUGGCACCUUAUUCCCUAUAUAGUGCAAUACUUUUGACCUGGUCCACUAUAUAGGGAAUAUGGUGCCAUUUGAGACACAGCAUGCCAUCUUCACAGGGCUCUAUCUUUCAUUAGGAUAAUAGAGUUGUAACAUGGAUACCAGGAUGGUUUUGUUUUAAAUAACAAGUAUUGGGCCAGAAACCCUCUACCCUCUAGACUUCACCCCUUUACUCCCUAGCCCCUACACCCUAGCCUUUACUCCUUUACUCCCUAGCCCCUACACCCUAGCCUUUACUCCUUUACUCCCUAGCCCCUACACCCUAGACUUUACUCCUUUACUCCCUAGCCCCUACACCCUAGCCUUUACUCCUUUACUCCCUAGCCCCUACACCCUAGCCUUUACUCAAUUACCCCCUAGCCCCUACACCCUAGCCUUUACUCCUUUACUCCCUAGCCCCUACACCCUAGCCUUUACUCAAUUACUCCCUAGCCUCUACACCCUAGCCUUUACUCCUUUACUCCCUAGCCCCUACACCCUAGUCUCUCCUCCUUUACUCCCUAGCCCCUACACACUAGCCUUUACUCCUUUACUCCCUAGCCCCUACACCCUAGUCUUUACUCCUUUACUCCCUAGCCCCUACACCCUAGCCUUUACUCCCUUACUCCCUAGCCCCUACACCCUAGCCUUUACUCCCUUACUCCCUAGCCUCUAACCCCCUUACUCCCUAGCCCCUACACCCUAGUCUUUACUCACUUACUCCCUAGCCCCUACACCCUAGCCUUUACUCCUUUACUCCCUAGCCCCUACACCCUAGCCUUUACUCCCUUACUCCCUAGCCUCUAACCCCCUUACUCCCUAGCCUCUAACCCCCUUACUCCCUAACCCCUACACCCCAGCCUUUACUCCCUUACUCCCUAGCCUCUAACCCCCUUACUCCCUAGCCCCUACACCCUAGCCUUUACUCACUUACUCCCUAGCUCCUACACCCUAGCCUCUAACCCCCUUACUCCCUAGCCCCUACACCCUAGUCUUUACUCACUUACUCCCUAGCCUCUAACCAUCUUACGCCCUAGCUCCUACAUCCUAGCCUCUAACCACCCUACGCCCUAGCUCCUACAUCCUAGCCUCUAACCACCCUACGCCCUAGCUCCUACACCCUAGCCUCUAACCACCCUACGCCCUAGCUCCUACACCCUAGCCUCUAACCACCUUACUCCCCAGCCCUUAUUUCCUAACGUAUACCCAUCCAAACCACUCAGAAGUACCAAGGGUAGAGGCUAAGGGCUAGGGGUUUGUUUCUUAAUCAGACAGUUUUGUUGUUGAACACCAAACCAAGUCAAGCAUCUAGGCUAAGAGAGGAAGGUGGGGGAUUAUUGAGGUGUUUUCACAUUUCACUUUAUACUUUUCUUUAUGAAAUAAAGACAAAAUGGUAUAAUACAAAACGACCG